UAAUUGUAAAGUGGAUAAAAAAGAAAACAAAACCUCUCUCUCGACCCUCUCGAACCUGUCGACCCGUCUCAACCCUCGGUCAUCUUCUUCGCCACUUUCCCUUCCCCUUCUUAUCCAAAAUGCAAAUCAUGUGCCCUCCUCACUUGUAAUCCAAAUCCCUAAAUCCAAACCACUAAUUCAAUCCCGCAAUUUCCCCCAUUUUCCACUCAAUUUUUCGAAAUCCAUACCAAAGUUUUCCUCAAUUGAAAAAAUGGGAUUCGAAUUGAAAGCUUUAGGGUUUCGAGUAAUCGAGCAGCAGUGAGAUGAGCAACAACACGGAAAGUGCAAAUUCUGAGCCUCUUGAGCGUGACGACGGCGCUGAGGCGGUUACCUCAAUUCCCGAUUCUUCUGGCAUUGAGGAUGCGGUGCCGCCGCUGCUGCACGUCGUCGUUUCAGAACCAUCGAAGAGCAAGACGAGAAUGAAUCUGACGAUGAUGAGGAUAUCCCCGAUAAGUUCGAUCGGUUUCUUCACGUUACAAACCCUCAAGCUCGCCGCAAUUCCUUCACCUUCUUCUUCUUUACGCUCCGUUUUCAAACCAUUAUCCAAAACCUUCCUCUACUGCCAUAGCCACACACCAAGACCUCAAGUUCCUCUCUUCUUCGUCAAGGGCUUCUUAGCCUCGACCGUACAAGCCAUUGUCGCUACAACACCAAAAGCAACAAGCCCAGAUGAGAAAGGUGUGAAACCGCAGUGGAAAGUGAUAGAUUUCAAGUGGAUAAGGGAGAACAAGGAUGCUGUUGCUUGGAUCGUAUUCAGGACUCGAGUCUUCCAUUGCAAUGUUGAUUCUUCUGGUAAUGUAAGUUUGGAAAUCGUAAAGGAUGGUUGGAGUCCAGCUCUAACGAUUACAAAUUAAGGUGCUACUAGCAAUUCGGUCCAUUUUCACAUAACCUGAUCCUUUGCCAGCAAGUGCUUAAAGAGCGAGAAGCAUCGGUCAAUCUUGCUGGGGGUUUCUAUAUAGUCAUAAUUGCACUUACUUUUGGUUAGUAUAUAUUUGUUGGAUUUGAUCAUCUGCUACAAGCUUGGCCAAGUGGUUGAGACUACUUGCUGUGAAUAAAUGGGGACAACAUCAUUGCUGGUAAUAAGGUGGAAGUCUGGGGCACGAGUUCUUGUUGUCGUGGACUAGUGAGCUCACUCUCUCUUUUGAAGGCGAGGUUUAUGUGUUUUUUGCUGUUAUGCCCCAGAAGGUCACUCUCUGUUUCUUUCUUGCUUGUAUGUUAUAAAUUGUUUAAUUCUAAAAUGCUUGUAUAUUAUGUACAUAGUAAGGCAUUAUCCCUCUUGUUUUCAUUGCAUUUGUUAAUUGUGUCAGGAACUAUAUGGUGGAAUGUUGCAUAAAGAGUCUUUGGGAGAUCGAGCGUGGAGUACCAAGCAUUAAUGCAGCGAGCUAUAUUUUGUUUCAUCAUGUAAAACUUAACCAGGAAACUUCAAUGCUUUUUAGUCUAUGAGAUGUAUGAAUGCUUUAGCAAUGUUCCUUAAAUUCAAUAUUUGAUGAAUUUUUGGUACAAAUGUUGAUCAUUUGAUGGUUUGCAUUCAAUUUGUAUUCCAAUUGUUCACUAUUAAUUUAUAUCCAUUCAAAAUU